UUCGGCCCAGGCGCCAGGGCGGCUCCAUCGGGGAACUCGGAGCAGCAGAGCCGGGGAAGGUGGUGGAGCAUGACCUUGCGGCCCCUGGGGACCUCAGCGCAGUGAUGCCGACAUGAUGUUUCACUCAGGCCGAAUGUGGAACUGUCAUUCGAAAUGGAAGCCAAGUUCUCUUUUGUUCUUAUUUGCUUUAUAUAUUGUGUAUGUUCCUCCCUCAGCGUGGGGAUGUGCCAACUGCAGGGUUGUCCUCUCCAACCCUUCUGGGACCUUUACUUCUCCAUGCUACCCUAACGACUACCCCAACAGCCAGGCUUGCAUGUGGACCCUCCGAGCCCCCGCGGGCUAUAUCAUUCAGAUAACGUUUAAUGACUUCGACAUUGAAGAAGCUCCCAAUUGCAUUUAUGACUCAUUAUCCCUUGAUAAUGGAGAGAGCCAGACUAAAUUUUGUGGAGCAACUGCCAAAGGCCUAUCAUUUAACUCAAGUGCGAAUGAAAUGCAUGUGUCCUUUUCAAGUGACUUUAGCAUCCAGAAGAAAGGUUUCAAUGCCAGCUACAUCAGAGUUGCCGUGUCCUUAAGGAAUCAAAAGGUCAUUUUACCCCAGACACUAGAUACUUACCAGGUAUCUCUUGCAAAAAGUGUCUCUAUUCCAGAGCUCAGAGCUUUCACACUCUGCUUUGAAGCAACCAAAAUUGGCAAGGAAGACAACGAAUGGACAGCUUUCUCCUACUCAGAUGCAUCCUUCACACAAUUGCUCAGUUUCGGAAAGACCAAGAAUGGCUACUUUCUAUCUAUUUCUGGCUCAAAAUGCUUACUAAACAGUGCGUUACCUGUAAAAGAUAAGGAAGAUAUUUUCACAGAAAGCUUUGAGCAGCUCUGCAUCGUUUGGAAUAAUUCUUUGGGAUACGUUGGUGUAAAUUUCAAAAGAAACUAUGGGGCAGUUUCAUGUGAUUCUACCAUUAGUAAAGUUAUUCCUGGGAAUGGGAAAUUGUUGCUGGGCUCCAAUCAAAAUGAAAUUGCCUCUCUAAAAGGGGACAUUUAUAACUUUCGACUUUGGAAUUUUGCCAUGAAUUCCAAAAUCCUCUUCAACCUCAGCUGCAAUGUGAAAGGGAAUGUGGUGGACUGGCAAAAUGACUUUUGGAAUAUCCCAACCCUAGCUCUGAAAGCUGAAAGCAACCUCAGCUGUGGUUCCUACCUGAUCCCGCUCCCGGCCGCAGAACUAGCCAACUGUGCAGAUUUGGGGACCCUUUGCCAAGCUACUGUAAACUCUCCUAGUACUACACCACCCACUGUCACCACUAACAUGCCUGUUACUAAUAAAACCGAUAAACAAAGGAAUGAUGGAAUUAUUUAUAGAAUUUUCAUAGAGAUUCAAAACAUCCUUCAUCACCCCGAGGUAAAAGUACAGAGCAAGGUGGCCGAAUGGCUCAAUUCAACCUUCCAGAAUUGGAACUAUACUGUUUAUGUGGUUAAUAUCAGUUUUCACCUGAGCACUGGAGAGGACAAGAUUAAAGUGAGGAGAAGCAUUGUGAAUGAUCAAAGGUUGGUGAUUUUGGCCCUUCUAGUUUACAAUGCUACCAACAAUCCUGAUUUAGAAGGAAGAACCAUUCAGCAGAAGCUCUUAAGAAAUAAUGAGUCCCUGGAUGAGGGCUUGAGGCUACACAGAGUGAACGUGAGGCGACUGGGUAUAUGUCAUGAUGAUGAGGACCCCAAAGGCUAUAAAUGGCCAGCCAUCCAACCUUCUGUAUACAAUGCUCCCUGUCCAGGGAAGCCGGGCUUCUAUGCUUCACGGACAUGUCACCAUGACCCUGCCAACACAUCUCUAGCUUACUGGGGUCCUCCUGAUAUCUCCAAUUGCUCAAGUGAAGCAAAUGAAGUUGCCAAUCAGAUUUUAAAUUUAACUGGUGAUGGGCAGACAUUAAACUCAGCCAAUAUCACCAGCAUCGUAGAACAGGUCAAAAGGAUUGUAAAUAAAGAAGAAAACAUUGAUAUAACGCUUGGCUCAACUUUAAUGAAUAUAUUUUCUAAUAUCUUAACCAGUCCAGACAGAGACUUGCUUGAGUCUUCUUCUGAAGCUUUAAAAACAAUUGAUGAAUUGGCCUUCAAGAUUGACCUACAUAGCACAUCGCAUGUGAAUAUCACAACUCGGAAUUUGGCUCUUGGAGUAUCAUCUGUGUCCCCAGAGACCAAUGAAAUUUCAAAUUUUAGCAUUGGUCUUCCAAGCAAUAAUGAAUCAUAUUUCCAGAUGGAUUUUGAGAGUGGACAAAUGGAUCCACUGGCUUCUGUAAUUUUGCCUCCAAACUUGCUUGAGAACCUGAGUGAAGAAGAUUCUGUAUUAGUUAAAAGAGCACAGUUUACUUUCUUCAAUAAAACUGGACUUUUCCAGGAUGUAGGAACCAAGAAAGGCACCUUAGUGAGUUAUGUGAUGGCAUGCAGUAUUGGAAACAUUACUAUCCAGGAUCUGAAGGAUCCUGUUCGAAUUAAAAUCAAACAUACGAGGACUCAGGCUGUGCCUCAUCCCAUCUGUGCCUUCUGGGAUCUGAACAAAAACGUUGGAGAUGGGAGUAAUGUGUACCGAGGCAAUAAAGCUUUUCGAAUUCGAAUCAGAGACAUCAAGAUAUGUUUAUCCCGUCCCUUAAAUCUUACAGCUACUUCCUGUGGGACUGGAAGGAAGCAGCGAGGAACUGACCUUCAAGGAACUGCCUCACAGUUGGAUUCAAAAAACACUAAAGUUCUCACCUUCAUUACCAAUAUUGGGUGUGGAAUAUCUGCUAUUUUUUCAGCAGCUACCCUCCUGACAUAUGUUGCUUUUGAAAAAUUACGAAGGGAUUAUCCCUCCAAAAUCUUGAUGAAUCUGAGUACAGCCCUGCUGUUCCUGAAUCUCCUCUUCCUCCUGGAUGGCUGGAUCACCUCGUUUCAUGUGGAUGGACUUUGCACGGCCAUUGCAGCCCUGCUGCAUUUCUUCCUUCUAGCUACCUUUACGUGGAUGGGGCUAGAAGCGAUUCAUAUGUACAUUGCUCUGGUUAAAGUAUUUAACACUUACAUUCGCCGAUACAUACUGAAAUUCUGCAUCAUUGGCUGGGGUCUGCCUGCCUUAGUUGUGUCCAUUGUUCUAGCAAGCAGAAACCAAAAUGAAGUUUAUGGAAAAGAGAGUUAUGGAAAAGAACAAGGUGAUGAAUUCUGUUGGAUUAAAGAUCCUGUCAUAUUUUAUGUGACCUGUGCCGGGUAUUUUGGACUCAUGUUUUUCCUGAAUGUCGCCAUGUUCAUUGUGGUGAUGGUGCAGAUCUGCGGGAGGAAUGGCAAAAGGAGCAGCCGGACGCUACGCGAGGAGGUUCUAAGGAACCUGCGCAGUGUGGUCAGCCUGACGUUUCUACUGGGCAUGACGUGGGGGUUUGCUUUCUUUGCCUGGGGACCUUUGAAUGUCCCUUUCAUGUACCUUUUCUCCAUCUUCAAUUCUUUACAAGGCUUAUUUAUAUUUAUCUUCCACUGUGCUAUGAAGGAGAACGUUCAGAAGCAGUGGAGACGGCACCUCUGCUGUGGUCGAUUUCGAUUAGCAGACAACUCAGACUGGAGUAAGACAGCUACCAAUAUCAUCAAGAAAAGUUCUGAUAAUCUAGGAAAAUCUUUGUCCUCAAGCUCCAUUGGCUCUAACUCAACCUACCUUACAUCCAAGUCUAAAUACAGCUCUACCACCUACUUCAAAAGGAAUAGCCACACCGACAAUGCUCCCAUGGACAAGUUCUCAUCAAAACUGACCCAUGCUGAUGGAGAACAAACAUCAAUCAUCCCUGUCCAUCAGGUCAUUGAUAAGGUCAAGGGUUAUUGCAAUGCUCAUUCAGAUAAUUUCUAUAAAAAUAUUAUCAUGUCAGACACCUUCAGCCACAGCACAAAGUUUUAAUAUCUUUAAUAUAAGGAAGAGACAUCAGUCUGCAGCAACGUGAAGAUGUGCAAGCUGUGAAAACUCUGACUAGCAGAUGUAAACGUGGUAUUACCUAGGUAACUGCAUAUAUAUGAAGAAUGUGUUUUGUGAAGAAGGCUUUUGUGAAAUUCAAAAUCUGUCUUUUCAGUGUAUUUCUUCCAUGGGGGAGUUUCCACCAUCACUCAACUUCAGUACUAAGAGCAGCACUCAGUAGCCACAGGGAUAGGAUUUUUUUAACUAUAUGAUUGAAUGGAUCAAUCAGAACUUGGGCUGUGGGGUGGAAUAGUAAAAUUAGAGGGCAAGGGACAGGCCGAGCUUGGGACAAGCCCUAGUUUAGAGCUCAUUCACACCCCACAUAAUAAUUAGAUUUGGAUAUGGCCACCUGCUCCAUCAUCUUUCUCUGCAAUCAAAAGCAUACUAAUAUUUAUAACUAUCUCAGAUGCCCGCAGGUCCCAUCUCAGUGCUGGUUUCUAUGAAUGCAUUAGCAUUUCCUCUUUUUAAAUGAAAUUUCAACCACAGAUACAAAAGAGUAUUUAAUGUCUGACUCAAAGUUUAGAAAGGAUUUUUUUCUCCUUAUCUCAGAUGUUUAACCCUGAAGACCACAACAUGCUUAAGAAAGAAAGAAUUCCCCAAAUUUUGACCUAGUUAAUAAGAGGCCAUGUUAUUUCACUUAUCCUAUUCAAGACACAAGGCUUAAGCAUCAUCAUUAAUUAUAAUUUAGUCCUAUACAUUUGAAUCAAGUUUAGUGUUGAUGUUCCAUUAGAGUGGAGCUCCCAGGAGCUGAAGAAUGACCCUCUUACACCUCUGCUUUUGCUGCUCUACUGUACAUUGAGCUGCGGGCUCAUGGGAGGAAUGCAGAUUUCCAUUAGGCAUGCCGUGUACAGUAGUCUCUCCCUUUUGGGAAAAACAACCAUUGAGACUCUAUGGUCUUGUCUUUGCUCCAGAGACUUUUUAAGACAUUUCCAUUUGCACAAAUGAAAAGCCUCUUACUUCCUCUUUCCAGAGUUUUGUUCCAAAGAAUAUAAACUGAGACUUACGUGGGUGACUUAUCAUAAUCAAAAUAAUUUAUAAUUGUGUGGGUCUACGUUUGCCAGUCUGCAAACUAUUUGUACAUAAGUCCUCUGAUUAUAAGAACCAGAGGAGGUCUGGCAAGACAGAUGGGGUGUUAUUUAUGGAUUAGGUCUCUGCAUAUAAGCCAUGCAUAAUAUUAAGCAGCUUAACCUAACUAUCAAACUGUCCUGAGGAAUAUGUUUGCUAGUGAAUGUGUAAGAGACCACAUUUUAAUUGUUCUUAAAUGAUGGACUCAUAUCCAGUUUCUUAGAAAUCGGUCUCAGUACAUGCUGUACCUUUACAUUUGCUGUAGGUUAUCUGAGAUGUUUCAGGUUCUGGGAGGUGGCAGCCUAAGCGAUGAGAAGAUGAGACAUUCUGGCAGAACCAAACUGCUUAAAGGCAGAAACCAGACUGAGCACCUGGGGACCUUUCUCUCUGUGCAGGAAGCGGGUAGCUCUCAGUCUGAAACAUAGGAAAGCUUUCAGGCUAUGCAGCAAACAAGGGGCCUCUCAGCUUUUGCUGAUCUUCAAUCAUGAAGCUUUUGGCCAGACUUAAAGGGAUGAUAAUGGGUUUUCAUACUGUUCCAUUUUGUAGCAUCCUGGAACACUGUUCUGGAAGACAGGAGCAUUGCCCAGCUUGGCCUUCACAGGGGAGGGGUGUAGGUAGUAGGAAAGGAUAGUAAAUCUAAGGUCACCAAGACCCUACAGUAGAGCCAUGUCCUUUUCUCUAGGCAUCUAUAUUAACAGGCUGCUUAUUUGGGCAGAGGUUACAUCUAGGUGAAAAUUAACCUUAAAUAGUCACUGAAUCUUCAUAUACUUUCCCCCAAGCCUUAGAGAUGGUAGAAUUUAAUUAGCUUUCGACUGUGAGAUUUCUACCCAAAGUGCUUAUUCAGUUAAAAGUAAUUAAGAGAUAGCUUUAAAAAUAGCUUUGAUUUCUACUUGUCUUCAUCCAGAUCUGGGAAAACUUUUUUUUUUUUUUCAAA